AUGGCAAGCGCACCAAAUGUCUACUCGGCAGAGCCUGCAUUCCCGAUCCUUGCUGAUUCUCUACUCCUACCAGAGUCAAGGGAAAAUGCAGCUCCUCCAAAUGAGACAACCGCCAAAAACAGCUGGAACCUCAAAAAUGAUUGGAAACAGGGUAUCCAAUCCUCCAAGGAAGGAGUCUUUCGGUGCGGGGUUGUCCUCGGUUUCUCCAGACUACAAAUGAAACGCAACGACAGCAACGAGUAUCUCGGACAGAUUCCUCGAUAUAUUCUCACAAACCAUUUGCGGGGUAUCCAUCCAUCAUCUGAAUCGAGCGCAUUCAUCAUCCAUCCACGAAGUUUCGAGGCUUUUGCCCCAAGGACUCUACUCAAUGAGCUGCAGUCUCCCUCCCAUGGCUACCCUGGUCUAUCAAGGGAUGAUGCAAUCCGUAGACUUGACGCUGUGCAGUUACUACCCGUACACAACUUCGCCAAUGCCGCACAGGCCAUCGCUAAGGUUUCGGAAGCGCUGCACGAGAUCCAAGAAAAGCGAGAACAGAACAAACCGACUGAGACAAACCCAUCCGUCCACAGCCCCAUUGUCCUCAUUAUCGUGGGCCUCGAUACCCUAGCUGAAGGCGUAAUCCGAGCCUCCAAUCCAGCUCGAGGUGCAGCCGUUUUGACAGCUACACUCCGCACCUUGACGCGCUUGUCUCGUGUGCACGCCUCUCAUCUCUCCAUCAUUCUUGUCAAUACUAAUGGACUGGGGACAAUGAGACCAAAGUGGGAUAAAAAUCAACCGUUGACUGGAAACCCUACCAGAGAUAGUGCUGUGAGACAGCCGCUAGAAGAUGGAAUUCACUCCGUCUUCCAUUCGGAUAUUCCUUCUCUGUUCCCGACCUUGCUCAUGAAAACGUUAGACCAAGGCACCGAUACCCAUCUGUUGCUUUCUGAUGUGAGAGGAGCUCAGAUAGUCGAAGUGAUCAAAGAUCGAGUUGGUACGAGCCUAGGUAAAUGGGGAAUAUGGAACGAGCAAUGA